UUGAUUCUAUCAAGAAAUCUAUGAGCUGAAAGUGCUUAAGUUUCAAAGCAAACAUGGAGGAUUUCAGUGAUACGAAUUCGCACGAAAUGACAGAAAAUCACAUUCAAAAACGGUGUAACAAUCAAUGGGUUCGAUUAAAUGUUGGUGGUACAUAUUUUUUGACAGCAAAAACUACUUUAGCUAGAGAUCCCAAUUCAUUUCUCUACCGAUUAUGUCAAGAAGAUUCUGAGCUUAUCUCUGACAGGGAUGAAACUGGAGCAUAUUUAAUAGAUCGUGAUCCAACAUAUUUUAGUCCUGUUUUAAAUUACUUACGUCAUGGAAAAUUGGUUAUCAAUAAAGAUUUAACAGAAGAAGGUGUUUUAGAAGAAGCAGAAUUUUACAACAUUACAGAACUUAUUCGAUUAGUUAAAGAAAGAAUUAUAUUAAGAGAUACUAGACCAUUAAGAGAUUCAAAGAAACAUGUUUAUAGAGUCAUUCAAUGUCAUGAAGAUGAAUUAACUCAAAUGGUAUCAACAAUGUCUGAUGGAUGGAAGUUUGAACAGUUAAUCAAUAUAGGAUCUCAAUAUAAUUAUGGAAAUGAUGAUCAUGCUGAAUUUUUAUGUGUGGUUAGUCGAGAAUAUGGAGCCAGUCAACUUAAUAGUAAAGAACAGGAAUCAACUGAUCGUGUUAAGGUUCUGCAGCAGAAGGGUUCUCGCAUGUAAUUUUUAUAUCCGUCCUUUUCUUUUCUUGCUUCAUUUAAUUAAAUCAACCGCGCAGCAACAAGAUGAAGACUGUUUUUAUUUCUACAUAAAAAUUUAAGUUUAUGUAAUAUCUUCAUUGCUCCAUUAAUGUAUAAUGAUAACAAAAAAAAAAAACAAUACAAAAAUAUAAUUUAUAGAUACAUAGUUAUUA